GGCGGUAUCCCUUUAAAGUGUGUGCACAUAAAGCAUAGUGACUGCUGCGGACUGACAGCACUGCAGGCAGGACCCACCGGGCGCCGGAGAUCUUAGCUUACCCCUGUUACGCAACCGGCACCGUUGGGAAAUGGGGAUGCACGGCUCCAAGCCUCGGAAGCAGGCGCAGGUCCUGAUGCUGGGCCUGGACGAGUCGGGGAAGAGCACCCUCCUCUACAAGCUGAAAUACAAUGAGACCGUGGUCACCGUGCCCACCGUGGGCUUCAACGUGGAGACCCUGGAGACGGACAGGAGCGGUCCCAGUCUCACCGUCUGGGACGUGGGUGGCCAGAGGAAGAUGAGGCCCCACUGGAAGCAUCACUACGCCGACACGGCCGGGCUGCUGUUUGUGGUGGACAGCGCGGACCACGGGAGGCUGGACGAGGCCUGCAGGGAACUCCAUCGGGUCCUGAAGUAUGAGAGCCUCAGAGGAGUCCCCUUGGUCGUACUCGCCAACAAACAGGAUCUUGGCGGGGCCCUGAGCCCGGAGAUGGUGUGCCAGAGAUUGGACCUGCGGCAGGUGUGCCAGGGCACCAGAGCCUGGUUCAUCCAGCCCUGCUCGGGUGUCACUGGCACCGGGCUGGAGCAAGGCUUCAGGAGGAUAGUCUAUCUGAUGAAAACCCCGCUGAGACAGACGCGAGAGGACAUUCAGGUCAAGUGUGCGGCCCUCAGUGGAAAAAGUUUGGACACCCCUGAUGUAACACGUCUCAGAUCUACAAUAAAGUGAAGUGACUAUUUCAACACUGACUUGGUUGUAUGGAACAAUAAAGACAUGUUGCUGCUGGA